UCUUUCACGCUUUUGGGGGCCUUUGACCGAGGCGUGCUCCGCCCCGCGUUGCCGCUGACGGAGCCGCGUUGCGAGGACCCUCUCGGGCGCUGCUCGCUCUGCUUCCAGCAGCCGUUGCCGCCUCUUCCUCUUCCUCCUCCUCUUUUCAACCUUGGUCUUCACCCCCCUCCCUCCCUUUCCCUUCUGCUUGAGGCGGCCGCUGCUCUUUCCUCCCCUUCGCCCGCCGUGUCAGGUCCGCCGGUCGCGUCUCGCCAUGACCUUGUUGACUGCCAGCAGCAGGGCGGCCGCGCGCCUCUUGGGGGCCAAGGUGAAGGAGAAUUCAUCAUGUAUCAUCUUUGCUGCUAGACAUGCCAGCGCUUCCACGAACCUGAAAGAUGUUCUUGCAAACAUGAUCCCCAAGGAGCAAGCAAGAUUGAAAAACUUCAGGCAGCAGUAUGGCAGCACCGUCAUUGGCCAGAUCACUGUGGAUAUGCUGUAUGGUGGGAUGAGAGGCAUGAAAGGGCUAAUCUACGAGACCUCCGUCUUGGAUCCUGAUGAGGGCAUACGCUUCCGUGGCUACAGCAUCCCCGAGUGCCAGAAGCUGCUGCCCAAGGCCCCUGGAGGUGAAGAGCCCCUGCCUGAGGGGCUCUUCUGGUUGCUGGUGACAGGAGAGAUCCCCACACAAGAACAGGUGAACUGGGUGUCCCGAGAGUGGGCCAAGAGAGCAGCCCUCCCUUCCCAUGUGGUGACCAUGCUGGACAACUUCCCCACCAACCUUCACCCCAUGUCACAACUCAGUGCCGCUGUCACCGCCCUUAACAGUGAGAGUACUUUUGCCCGAGCCUACUCUGAAGGAAUCAGCCGGACCAAGUACUGGGAGUUUAUCUACGAGGACUCCAUGGACUUGAUUGCCAAGCUGCCCUGUAUCGCUGCAAAGAUCUACCGCAACCUGUACCGCGAGGGGAGUAGCAUCGGCGCCAUUGACCCUGCCUUAGACUGGGCGCACAACUUCACCAACAUGCUGGGCUACACUGACCCCCAGUUCAUUGAACUGAUGAGACUCUACCUCACUAUUCACAGUGACCACGAGGGAGGGAAUGUCAGUGCCCACACUUGCCAUCUAGUGGGCAGUGCCCUCUCGGACCCUUACCUGUCUUUUGCUGCAGCCAUGAAUGGUCUGGCUGGCCCACUCCAUGGUCUUGCGAAUCAGGAAGUGCUGGUAUGGCUGACAAACUUGCAGAAGGAGCUGGGAGAGGACGUGUCUGACCAAAAACUGAGGGAUUUCAUCUGGAACACCUUGAACUCUGGCAGGGUGGUUCCGGGCUAUGGCCAUGCCGUGCUAAGGAAGACGGACCCCCGCUACACCUGCCAGAGGGAGUUUGCCCUCAAGCACCUUCCCAAAGAUCCCCUUUUCAAGCUGGUGGCCCAGCUGUACAAGAUUGUCCCGAACGUGCUGCUGGAGCAAGGCAAGGCAAAGAACCCCUGGCCCAACGUGGAUGCGCACAGUGGGGUCCUGCUCCAGUACUAUGGCAUGAAGGAGAUGAACUACUACACUGUGCUCUUUGGUGUGUCUCGAGCCCUUGGCGUCUUGGCGCAGGUCAUCUGGAGCCGGGCGCUCGGCUUCCCACUGGAGAGACCGAAAUCCAUGAGCACGGAUGGGCUGAUGGUGCUUGUGGGCGCAAAGUCUGUUUAAAAAGCAAGGGAUGUGGCAAGGAUUUAGUGACAGAGGGAAUAAUAAGAGACAAUACAAUCUGUUGUGUUUGUUCAAAGGGCCUUGAAAAGAUCCUUCCUGAGAGGCACUGACCAUCGCAUAUUUUUUCAGGUUAUUUAUGGGAUUAAAUUCAGAAAAAGCUAUAUACUUAAUUCCUCCACCCACCCGUUACCUUAAAUUAUCACUUAACGUUAGAUCCUUGAAUGUCAGGCCUAAGGCCCUUCUUCCCAACCUGAGCUGAUGCCCCCAGGCUAGAGGCUGUGUUGCUUUCCAGCCCAGUUUCUUCUUCUUUUAUUGCCUCCUUCCCCUCCCUUUUCCUUUUUUUGUUUUUUUUGGCAAGCCAGGAGCGGAGGUGACUUGCCCCUCUUAUAAUCAUGUCAUAUCACGUACUUGCUUUGUAUGGCCUUUCGUUUCUAGGCAGGAGUGGUGUUCUUCUGCAGCCGAACAACACCCUUUCAGUGCUUCAGUUUGGGGGCGAGGAACAGAAGGUCCUGCCCCUCAAAAAUCCCCCUUUAUUUAUAUUCUUCUGUUACAGAGAAAGGGGAGAUGUUAAAAGCU